ACAAACGCAGAAGUAAAUAAAGAGAAGAGAGCGAAAAAAGAAAAAUAAUAAGGCCAUAAACUGGAUAGAAAUUAUUAAUAAAAACAACAAUUUUACGUUGUUCGUUGAUAAGGAGGAGGAGCGCAAACCGAUAAGAUGUCUCAAAAUUCGCUGUUUUUUUAGUUUCUCAUCAAACUUCUGAUAGGCAUUUGACACAAACACAAGCUAGAAACAGACCAAAAAGCAACAAAAAAACGUUUUUUUGACAGCACCUGAAGAACAAAGAAAUCCCAACGAUGAAAUUUCUCGCCAUUUUGUGCGUUUUUUUCGUGCCACAGAUCCUGCAAACGCAAUCCGCUGUGAUAAUUACUAAAUCCAAGACCUUUUCGCCUGUUAUUUUGGUUCCUGGCGACGGAGGAUCGCAACUCGAUGCUCGUUUGAACAAGACUGACUCUCCGCACUUUUUCUGCACCAAAAAUUCCAAUUGGUUCAACUUAUGGCUCAACAUGGAACUGCUUUUGCCCGAAGUUAUCGACUGUUGGAUCGAUAACGCCAAAUUGAACUACGAUAAUGUCACACGAACGACCAGCAAUCAACCGGGAGUCGAAAUUCGGGUGCCCGGAUGGGGAGAUUCGAGCACCGUCGAGUAUCUUGAUCCGGCAAAUCGCUUUUUGAGUGUCGGAUAUUACUUCAAGUACAUCGGAGACUUGCUCGCGGCAAAUGGAUACUUGAGAAAUCACUCGAUUCGGGGAGCGCCAUACGAUUUUCGCAAAGGCCCGAAUGAAAACAAGCAAUUUUUCGUCGAUAUGAAGAGUUUGGUCGAAGAAACUUUUACUUUGAACGAAGAAACGCCCGUCACGCUGGUUUGUCACUCGAUGGGAUGUCCCAUGACGCUACUUUUUCUCCAAGGACAAGCGCAAAAAUGGAAAGAUCAGUACAUUUCCAAGUUCAUUACGAUUGCAGGCGCAUGGGGAGGCAGUGUGAAAGCUGUCAAAGUCUUCGCCAUCGGAGAUGAUUUGGGCGCUCUCGCUUUACGAGCUUCCGUGAUGAAACAGGAACAAAUUACGAUGCCAUCUCUCGCGUUUCUCCUUCCUUCGCCGAAAUUCUGGAAAAAUGACGAAGUUUUGGUACGAACUUCAACCAAAGAAUACUCCAUGGGUGACAUGGAGGCAAUUUUUCAGGAUCUCGGAUACCCCGUUGGAUGGGAAAUGCGCAAAGAUAUGCUUCCGUAUCUUGAUUUUUCGGCACCUGGCGUCGAAGUUCACUGCAUUUACGGCUCGGGAGUACCCACAGUUGAGGUAUUGAAAUACUCGACGCCCGAUUUGACGGGAAAUCCGAAGCUUUUGACGGGCGACGGCGAUGGAACGGUUAAUAUUCGCUCGUUGAGGGGAUGCGAAAUGUGGCGAAGCGAACAAAAACAACCAGUGAAUACGCUCGAAAUACCCGGAGGCGAACACAUGCGGAUUUUAGCUGUUCCGCAAACCAUUCAGUACAUCAAAGAUACCCUUCUUAAAUAAGCAUCUCUCUAUUUUUUCGUAUUUUUAAGGCAUUUAAGUUAGAAUCUCAAUAAAAAUAAAGCAAUAAAUUUAAUUA